UCCCGAGAUGCAUCCGAAUCUCGUUCGUUCUUUCAAACGCCCCAGUUCUUCUGAGAUCUUCCUGGUGAGCGGAUCGCAAUACCCCCGCGCGACACCUUCGGGCGAUCCCAACCGCCAUGCAAUUGAUAACGUGUGACUUCAUUUCCGGCUGCUUCGGAGGUGGCUGCGGCGUACUGCUCGGACAUCCGCUGGAUACGAUCAAAACUUGGCAGCAGUUCUCCAACCUUCGCAUCCGAACCUCCAUGUACAAGAUUGUUACGUGUCACAUCGGGAUCAGAGGCUUCUACCGAGGGAUGUUCUUUCCACUUAUAACAAGCGGUGCCCUCAAUUCCGUCGUCUUCGCCGUCUAUGGUCAGCACUUGAGAAACCUGCAAGGAUUGUGCAAAUCGAGGAGCAUGCGUGAGCGGGAGUGGCGAGCGCACGUCAUGUUUGCCGGAUCGGUGGCCGGUGCGACACAGGUCAUGUUUGGCUGCCCCGUCGAGAUAGUCAAAGUGAGGCUACAAACGUUGCAGUACGUCGGUCAUCCGUGGCUCUGCCUGCGGGACAUUAUCGUCCGCGAGGGCAUCUGGGGCUUGUACCGUGGAAUAACCCCCAUGAUGUGGCGGGACGUGCUCCCGUACGGCGUUUACAUGCUCGUGUACGAGUACAUGAUUGCGAUUGAGAAACGGUUGCACCAUAUACGGCAGGACCAGAAGGCCGGUACCAUCGGGAGCCCGUACGAGGCAUCGUUGGUUGCGACGGCCGGAGCGAUGGCGGGGGUGGUCUCGUGGAUGUUUAUUGUCCCCUUUGAUGUGGUCAAGACGGUCAUGCAGUCGGAAACGGAUCCCACGGUGCACAAGAGCAUGAUGCACUGCUUUCGGAUGUUGGUGCGGCGGUACGGCUGGCGGUCACUGUUCCGGGGCAGCAUCAUGAUCAUCGCUCGAGCGGCACCGGUAAACUCGGCCACCUUCCUGGGCUACGAGUGGUGCCUGGGCAAGUGUCACCAGUACUUUACAAUUGAUAGAACGUAAAAUAAAUAUUGUUAUGCUUAAAAAAGAAAAGGACUUUCGAAUUGUUUUAGAACAGUCAGAAUCUGAGCGCUCGUGUUAUUUUUCUCAUUUGUUUCAUAUAAUUUUAUUCCUUAUAUAGUUUUUUUGUUUUUAAUAAUUAUAUAUAAUAUUAUUUCAUUACUUUUUAAACACUUUAGUUUUACUAACAUUUUACUUUUCAUUAUUAUUUUGUUUUUUUUUUAGUAUUUUCUCAUUCUGAUUUUUUUCUUCUGGUUUUCUUUCAAGUGUUUACUAUAAUUCACCUCUGUUCGCACGGUUGUUUCUUCUGCGUUUGUUCUCCUCUCUUUUUUCUUUGUUUCUCUGUGUGUGUAUUUUUGUUUUCCUCUUGUCGUCUUGUUUUCAUUUCUUUCAUUCCGCCUUUCUACGUGUUUGUUUGUUUUGUUUCUUUUUUUCUUGUUCUCUCUGUCUCUGUGAGUGUGUGGUUUCUCUCAGCUUUCUUUAAUUACAUAAUACAAAAGAAUAAUAAUUUAUUAUUUACUUGCUUGCUUGCUUGCGUGUGUGUGUGUGUUUGCUGCUUUCAUUCCAUUCUUCUCUCAUCAUUUCCUGCCACAAACUUUUUUUUCUCAUAUUUACCGCGAAAAAGAACGCCUUCCCUCUUCUCUCUCUUGCUCUCUCGCUCUCUUUCAAUAAACCACCUCGUUUGCUCGUGUCUGAAUUGUUUCUGCUGGUUACUACUACAACUACACUAACACCCUUGCGCGCGCUUUCGCAUCCCAUCGCUCUGUCUUGCCUCUCUUUCUGUGUACCGAAGUCUGAUCAAGUGACGUCACGACUCGCGCGCUCUCUUGUUCGCUCUCUCUCUUUCUCACACAAGCGUUUUUCGCCUCCUUCGCUUGCGUGUGUGUGUGUAAAGGAACCGUUUUCUUUUCUUUAUUUUCUUGAUAUUUGUUUGGCGAACGAAAGCAGUCGAGUUAAUGUUUUUAUUCAAAUUAAAUUCAGGAGGAUGGGUGAUGAAAUUAGGGGAAAGUAACAGGUUUCUCGUCGGUUGAUUUCUUUUGAGCAAUUCUAAACGUGCCUUCUCUCUCUUUCAGUUUAGCGUGUAGUGAUCUGAUUGCACUUUAAGUAAUUCUCAACAGUUCAGUUUUUCUUUCUCUUUUCAGGGACGGGAGUUUUCUUCUCUUUCUUUUUUAUUCAGUUUUUCAAAAGUAGAAUUUGGGUAGCAAAGACUUUUUUUAUUCUGUUUUUCCCUAAAUUUUGGUAUACAAGAAAUAAGCAAAAAAUGUGAAACUGGCGCACGUUCUAUGAGUUUGUUCCGCUCUCUUUCUCUUUCUUAGACGCGCGCUGUAUGUGUAUGUGUGUAAGAGAGUGCAGAUGUAUGUAUGUGACUGACUGACUGUUCGCAUUCUUUUUACAUUCAAUGUGAGGCUUGCUGCAGUAUUUACUUUACUUCGACUAGUGUGAGUGUGGGUUGUGUAUGUGUGUGAGUAGAACUACGUUUGUAUGUAUGCAUGUUUGUGAGUGUGUGUGUGUUUGUGUGGGUGAUUUUUUUAAUUCGCGCCUUUUUGUUUUGUUUUGAAUCAGCCUAAUUUUUUUUUGUUUUUGCGGUCUCCAUUUUGCUAGAUUUGUUUCCACUUUUUCUGUAUUUUUUUUUCUUUCUCUUUUAGUGUUUAAGUAGGCUAAUCCCGGAUUACUAAUUUCAGGAUUCUCGUUUUUUUUUCUCUAGAUAGUUUUGAAGCACAGUUCUUUUUUUAUUGUUUAGCAAUAGUUACGGCUGCCUAUUCUGUUUCUUAUUUCCACAGGUGAUUUCUUAUAGCGUUUUUGUUAUUCUUUUUUUUUGUGUAUGCUUUCCAUCACACUAACACAAAGUGUUUGCAUUUUUUGCAUUACAUUUUGUUGUUGUUUUCUUCUAAGGUUCUUUUGUUUUCGCCUAACACUAAAAAACAUCGCGCGCAUAUUUUCCUGCGUGUAGCAACUAGAUUUUCCCGCAAACACUCACAUCAAAAUGUUCUCUCCCGCGCUCCCGAUCUCACACUCUCUCACUCACGAAACCUCGCACAUUCUCUCACGCACACUAAUUUGAUACAUUUACAAGUCUAAAUAUGUGUGUAGAUGUGUGGGUGUGUGAGUGUGUCGGUUUGUUUGUUUGCAAGUGAUCACUCUCUUCUCACAACGCUCUCUAUAGAACAAAGCAGGCGCGCGCGCGUGUGUUUGUGUAAAAAAGGGAAGAAAAUAGGGUUUGCUCUCACUUUAUUUGUUAUCGCUCACUCUCGUCGCACAGGUUGAUGUUUGUAUGAGUGUGUUUGUGUUUGAUUGGGUGGAAACAGCAAAAUUUUAUUUUCGUUAGCGCUAACGUGUUAUUUUUUACAACAAAAUAGUGCGAUUGUUUUGGAAAUAUCGAACACUAAUUUUUUAUUCGCAAGUUUUUACGCACACUACUCUCUCACUCCAUUACGCUUGCUCAUUCACUCAUUUUGUUUUGUUGAUUUCCUUAAUUUUUUCAGCAAUAAUAAUAAUAAUGAGAAUUGCAAUAUAACUACAACAAAUACAAUUUUGUUUUCGAGUAACCAAUGGAUGUGUGUGGAUGCGUGUAUUUUUGUAUGGGCAUAUUUCUUUGUUUUGUUUUUUUUUUUUUUCAAAUGUCUUGAUUUAUUUUUUUCCAUGUGAAUCAAAACUUCAAAAAUAUUCAAAAUAAAAAAAAAUAUUCAAAUGUGUUGCUAUGAAAUGUCAUCUAGAAUGCAAAAUCUAACAAAAAAUUAUUUUGAAAAAUCUCUUCAUUUUUGAUUGUGUUAAUAAUUUAAAGAAUGCAAACACUCACAAAAAGUAAAAACUGGCAUAAAACACUAAGUUCUGUUUUUUUUUCAGAAAAUACUAAAACUUUCAUAACUUGCAAUAUGGGUAUCAAACGACGCUAAAUUUUGUAAAGAUUUUCACUAAACCAAAGUUUUAGACUAACAUACUCUAUUAUCACAAAAUAUCGUUAUUUUUUUAAUAAACAAAAUUUUAAUAAUUUGCCAAUCAUUAAACAUUUCUUU